GUCAGUCUGUGGUCAGAGCAGAAAAGGAAGCAGAGCUGAACCAGCUAUAUUUUGAGAGCAGGUCGCAGGGCUUAAAAUGGACUGGUUCCACUGUAACCAGUGCUUCAAAAGGAAAGGGUCGUCGUUUGCUGUGUCCAGCUGUGGCCACAUCUCCUGUGAGGCAUGCAUCAAAUCUAAGCAGUGCAAUGUGUGUGGGGCCAGCUGCAGUUAUCUGCCCAUCACUGAUGAGAUGAAACCACAGGAAAAAGUGUUUUUCAAGGACCCAACCAAGCUGAUCCAGUCACGACUGCAGCACAUAUCACAGAUUGUUCAUUUCCAGUGGACACAGAUGGAAAGAGUCACGACGCACUUCAAGCACAAGUCUGUUGAAUUGGAGAGGCGCCUGAAGGAGGUCUCUGAGCAGGGCUACAGGCAACUGACCGAGCUGAAAAGAGAGAACGCUGCCUUAAAAAAGCAGCUUUCUGAGCUGAAAAGAGAAACUGCAGAAUUGAAGAAGCCACUUUCUCAGAGGAGGGUUUCUCCAGGACAAUUUCAUACAGAUGGCACUCAAAGGAUGACACUCCCUGUGGCCGUCACCUCCCCAGUUACACCUCGGUCAAGAGCCAACAGUCACUUUGGCUCAGCGGAGUCUCAGGGGUGGACCAGAGGCCGAGGUCCCAGUCUCUCCUCUCUCACUACUCCUGGAUCAGCUACUUCUUUUUCCAGCAACAGUUCUCUUCAUGAACAUGUGCACAGAACACCUACAUCCUUCAGCACUUCCACAAGAACUGUGCAUCAGACCCCUGUUUUCCAGUUCCAGUUUAUGAAUGGAUUUUCAUUACAGUCUCCCAGGCGUUAAUGAAAUGUCACCAUGACAAAUAUUUGUCCGUUUAGGAGUCUUUAGCUGUUGUGUUCAUCAGGACUCUCACGUCUUGUUUGGAGAUUUGUGUUCGACCAGAACUUGUCUGCACAAGUGACUCAAUGUCUUGGACACUGUUGAAUGUAUUUAAUAAUUAUGUUUAGGUGGCUCUUCUGUUGAGGAAUUAAACAACCACGUUUUUUUUGUCAGUUGAUUCAUUCGCAUCUGUUUUUUCUGUCAGUAUUUUUUCUCAGUGGCAUCUCUGUGCUUUUUUGUUGCUCACAUCUCAUGAUAUACACCAUAAACUUUUGCUCAUAGUCAUAAACAAUUGGAUUCUCUACACCAUACAAAUACACACAUACACAAAAAAACAUUGCUGACACAUGAUUAUAAAGGCAAAUCCUUUACUGGUUUCCAGUGACACAAUUGUGCAAAUGAGAUUUUUUAAACAGUACAAAAUACAUUGGAAACACUAAGUGUUAUGGACAUCUCCCCACAACACUUGUGUUAACGUUUCACGACCAAUACAAUGAUGCACACAGCUUUGUCAACAUUCUGGUCAUCUAACCUCUGUCGAGACAUUUUAAACGGAACUAAACCCUGACUCGUACUUGUGAGCCGAAGUACUAAAGAAUGGGGACUUUUUUCUUCUUGCAACACACAGCAAUGUAUGAAAUAACUAAUAAAUACAUGAACUGA